UAAACUUUUGUCUCUAAAGAUUGGGCGCCCAUGGUAACUCAACAGAUCUGAGUCGCCAAAUCGCCUAUUUCUUCUUCUUCUUCAUCCCGUUUCUCUUUCAAGCAAGGGAAAAUGGCAGCGAUCGUAUCUCGUAGACUCGGCUAUGGCGCCUCUCGGUUAGCAACUUUCCAUUUCAUCUCGCACAGCUCUAGUCGCAUCUCUACCGUGCUCCUAAACCCUAAACCAUGUCUUACCUUCUCGGAUCUCCACCCUGCUCCAAUCAGAUCGUAUAGAGCUUACCAGAUUCCUCGGUUUGAUCAGGCAACAUACGGAAACUCCAAGCAUCUCUCCACCACCAGCUCAACGCCAAAAUCUGAUGAUUUCAAGGAAUCCUCCCAAACCCCUGAUGAUAAGAACCCUAGCGAGAUUCCCAAACUGAAGCACCAGGAAAUAGAGGGACCCACAGUCGAGAGGGAUCUAUCUACUCUUGCAAACGAGACCAGGGAAGUGUUACAAACGAUGAUGAAGACGAUCUAUGACCUAAGCAGUGCUUUAGCCAUUCUGGGUCUGGUCCAUCUAGGAACGGGGGCUUUUGUUUCUUACCUGACGAGGUCUUCUCCAAUGACAGAGGUCUCAAUACAGAGCUUAAUCGCAUUUGGGUUUCCAUUUUCAUUGGCAUUCCUGCUCCGGCGAUCACUGAAGCCAAUGUAUUUCUUCAAGAAAGUGGAAGAGCAAGGUAGGUUGCAGAUUUUGACUCUGACUCUACAGAUUGCUAAGUACUUGAACUUGCUAUUUGUACGAGUUCGUGGGGUUACUUAUCUAUGUGUUUUUGGUGGGUCUGCUGGCUUGAUUUACAGUGUAGCUUCAAAACUAAUUGCUUCACAAUCAUUCUAGCUUUACAAUCACCUUCUUCUUUCAUAAUAAGAUUUUUG